UAUUAUUUUUAUUAUCCUUUUUUUUUGGCACCAGAUAUUUUUAUUCUUUUUAAAAUUUGUAUCCUGCCAAGUUGCUCCCCUCCCCGGCCAGUUGCCGAGCAGCCCAGCACCUCCUUUGACUGCUAAAUCUGAUCACAAUGUUUCUGGUUCUUUCAGCCACCACGGAAUUAAGGGACUUUUUUGCCAAAGCCCGAAACGGUUCAGUUCGGCUCAUCAAGGUUGUCAUUGAGGAUGAACAGCUCGUGCUGGGAGCCCACAAAGAGCUGUCCCGGCGCUGGGAUGCCGACUAUGAUGCCUUUGUGCUGCCCUUGCUGGACGAGCAGCAGCCGUGCUAUGUGCUGUACCGCCUGGACAGCCAGAAUGCCCAGGGCUACGAGUGGAUCUUCAUCUCCUGGUCCCCCGACAGCUCCCCGGUCCGGCUGAAGAUGCUGUAUGCUGCUACCAGAGCAACGGUGAAGAAGGAGUUUGGCGGGGGGCACAUAAAGGACGAGAUGUUUGGAACAGUGAAGGAGGAUGUAUCCCUGAGCGGUUACCAAAAGCAUGUGUCCUCCUGCUCUGCCCCAGCCCCGCUGACUGCAGCCGAGCAGGAGCUCCAGCAGAUUCGCAUCAACGAGGUGAAGACGGAGAUCAGCGUGGAGAGCAAGCAUCAGACCCUACAGGGCUUGGCCUUCCCCCUGCAGCUGGAUGCUCAGCAAGCCAUCCAGGCGCUCAAGCAGAAGAAAAUCAACUACAUCCAGCUGAAGCUGGAUCUGGAGCGGGAGACCAUCGACCUGGUGCACACGAGCCCCACGGAGAUUGCCGAUCUGCCCAAGAGGAUCCCCCAGGACUCGGCUCGCUACCAUUUCUUCCUGUACAAGCACUCACACGAGGGAGACUACCUGGAGUCUGUCGUCUUUAUCUACUCCAUGCCCGGGUAUAAAUGCAGCAUCAAGGAGCGUAUGCUCUACUCCAGCUGCAAGAGCCGGUUGCUGGACACCGUGGAGCAGGAGUUUUGCCUGGAGAUAGCCAAGAAGAUCGAGAUUGACGACGGAGCCGAGCUGACAGCGGAGUUCCUUUACGAUGAGGUGCACCCCAAGCAGCAUGCCUUCAAGCAGGCCUUCGCCAAGCCCAAGGGGCCCGUGGGGAAACGGGGACAGAAGCGGCUGAUCAAGGGGCCGGGUGAGAAUGGCGAGGACAGUUAGAUCCUGCAGGACCAGGUGGUGAAUGGACAGCAUCCCUGCGGCGCUUCCCAGCUUCCUCUCUGCUGACCUGGGGAUCUUUCCCUCCAUCUCAGCCUUC